AUGCGUCCCUCUACCUGGGGCCCCUUCGCCGUGGGGCUUACUGCUGUGGCCUAUGCAGCGACUCCCUCAACACUCGAGGAGCUCUGCACUGUUUCUUAUGUUCAAAAUGCGUUGCCCCCCUCAGAGUUUGUUCAGGGCAUCACAAUUGAUUCGGACUCUGUCACGGCCAGCGUGGUGACUAAUAGCACGGUCAGCAGCAUCGACUACCCUACGGCGACUAUCGAAUACUGCAAUGUUACCCUGGCCUACUCGCACGAUGGCAUCGACGGCGACCGAGUCCUACUCCAAAUCUGGCUACCGGCUCCUAGCACUUUUCAGAACCGGUGGUUGUCUACCGGGGGAGGUGGUUAUGCCAUCAAUUCCGGAACCCGCAUGUUGCCGGAAGGUAUCAUCUACGGCGCGGCCUCUGGACUGACCGACGGUGGCCUUGGGGGCUUCUCGGUCAAUGCGGAUAAAGUUAUGCUGCUUGCCAACGGCACGCUGAACUAUGAGGCGUUAUACAUGUUCGGCUACAAGGCUCAUCGGGAACUUAGCUUGAUUGGCAAGGCCUUCACGCGCAACGUCUACAGCAUGGCCGACAGCCAGAAACUCUACUCCUACUACCACGGAUGCUCCGAGGGUGGCCGCGAGGGCUGGAGUCAAGUGCAGCGCUAUGGUGACGAAUGGGAUGGGGCCGUCAUUGGGGCCCCAGCGUUUCGCUGGUCGUUCCAGCAGACUCAGCAUCUCUUCUCGAAUAUCGUUGAAAAGACCCUGGACUACUACCCCCCACCCUGCGAGCUGGAGAAGAUUGUGAACGAGACUAUCGUUGCAUGCGAUCCCUUGGAUGGCAGGAAUGAUGGUGUAGUGGCCAGAACCGAUCUUUGCCUGCUGAAGUAUGAUCCAAAAGCUGUCAUUGGCAAGAAGUACUCCUGCGCCGCUUCUGCCGCCGCACCGGCCCAGAGUGGCACUGUCUCAGCCAAAGCAGUUGAGGUCGCCAAAACCAUCAUCAACGGACUGCAUGACUCUCAGGGCCGUCGUGUGUAUUUCUCCUAUCAACCCAGCAGCGCCUUUGACGAUGCUCGGACGCAGUACAACGCCACCACUGGCAAGUGGGAGCUGUCCAUCGACCAACUUGGGGGCGAACACAUUGCACUGCUAGUGAACAAGAACGGCACCACUCUGGACAGCCUGGACGGGGUUACCUAUGACACGUUGAAAGACUGGAUGAUCUCGAGCAUGCAGGAGUACUACAGCACCCUGCAGACUACCUGGCCUGAUCUAACACCUUUCCACCAGGCUGGCGGCAAGGUGAUCCACUACCAUGGCGACGCUGACUUCAGCAUUCCUACUGCUUCGUCGGUCCGCUACUGGGAGUCGGUCCGCAGCAUUAUGUACGGCAAUCUGUCGUACAAAGCUGGUGCCGAUGCUCUGAAUGAAUGGUACCGUUUGUACACCGUGCCCGGUGCCGGCCACUGCUCAACCAACAAUGCCAUGCCCAAUGGUCCAUGGCCCCAGACCAAUCUGGCUACUAUGAUCGAAUGGGUCGAAAAGGGCGUGACGCCGGUGACUCUGAAUGCGACAGUUCUUCAGGGUGAGCAUGAAGGCGAGAGCCAGCAGCUCUGCGCGUGGCCCUUGCGCCCUCUCUGGAAGAACAACGGAAAGACCAUGGACUGUGUAUAUGACCAGGCGUCCAUCGACAGCUGGCACUAUGACUUGGAUGGAGUUCCCAUGCCUGUAUAUUAG